AUGAGUCUUUUCAGAUCAAGGCUUUAUGGGCUCAAUUCACGGAUUGGUCGGAACCCCAGCCGGCUAGUUCUGUUUGCCAGACACGCCUCGGACGUGGAAAACCUCAAACUGGAAACAUCACAGAACGAUCUGGAUAUUUCCUAUGAAACCACCGGUGUCAUUGACUUUGAGAAACAACACGAAGUGCUUAUUUUCUUCGAUAAUGUGUAUCCUCGGUGGCUUGCAAGACUCAAGUUCAAGAGUUACUUGCAGCCUGCUAACUGGUUCAAGAGAGGUAGCGAAGAUCACCUCAAGGAGCGUUUGUUCAAGAUGGUAGAAAGGGGAAAGAAGCCGCUUCCAGAGGGAACCAAUGCACAGCAGUUUAUUCCAUUGAGAAGAGAUGGUGGUGCUUUUGUCAAAUUUGUCGUACCACCCUCGUCCACUCCUAAGGAUCUCACCAAGUUGCUUGAGGAGAAUAUUAGGGAGUACAAGAAAAAGAACCUGAACCCGGUAUCCUCUUUCGUUGCGCUUUUCAAACCGGCUCCUAGUGCAUUCCAGGUCAAGGGUACCCCAUGGAUCGAAGACUUGAGCAGAUUCCCGUCGCCAAAGCUUAAGGUCAAGUUUCAGGGUGAGACAUUGUCCGAAGAAGAAUUGUACCUUUUGUUCAGACGCUAUGGUCAAAUCAAAGACAUCUUUCCUGCUACUUCCACCACACCCUACGCUACCAUUGUGUUCAAGUACACUGACUCGUGUAUUCGUGCUAAGAACUGCGUAACUGGUAUCACCUACAACGAUGGUCAGCUGGCCUUGCACUUGCAGUACAUCCCCGUUGAGCGGGUUAAUUAUAUUGCAAAUGCUAUCAAUAACCACCAGAAAAUUGCAAUUCCUUUGAUCCUUGCUAUUUUGGCCACUACCGCCGUUUUGAUCUUCGAACCGAUCAGAGAGCAGUUCAUCCAGAUCCGUAUCAAGCACAGAUUCACUUGGGAUAACCACAAGGACAAUAUGAUCGUGAAAGCGUUGUACAUUCCAUACAAGACUCUUGCAAAUUGGAUCACGGACACUACCACAUUCAUUGAUGACUCCCUUUGCUCUAUUACCGGAGACACUAACAAGGAGCUGGAAGAAGUGCCAUUGAUGGACCUUCAGGCAAACCUAUUCCUACAAGAGCGUUCUGAGAAGGCCAAUGAUGUGAAGAUGUGGAUCCAUGAAAAUGCAAACACAUUCAUCAUCGUCAAAGGUCCAAGAGGAUCAGGCAAGAGGGAGUUCGUCGUUGAUAACGCUUUGCAAGAUGACCACCAGUUUGGUAAGAAGAUGCUUGAGCUUGACUGUGAGCAAAUGAUCAAGGCUAGAAGUGACAAUGCGUUCCUCAAAAACACUGCUUCACAACUAGGCUACUUCCCUAUCUUCACUUGGACCAACUCGAUCUCGCAGUUUGUUGACUUGGGUGUUCAAGGAUUGACGGGCCAGAAAUCAGGAUUAAGUGAGUCGAAGGAAACGCAGUUCAAAAACAUGUUGCUGUUGACCGCCUCAGCAAUCAGAAAGGUCGCUCUCUCUGACUUUAAUGCAUACAAAGCAGAGUUAGCCAAGCAGCGCAAGGCGAAACACCAGGACGACGAUUCCAAGAACUACGACAUCAGAGAGGAUGACUAUCUCCAGCUGCACCCUAAGGCCAAGCCGGUUAUCAUUGUUGAAAACUUCUUGAGAAAAUCUGAAUCACCAAACGACUUCAUCUACAAACUGAUUGCUGAAUGGGCGGCACAGCUUAUUCAAAGCAACACGGCUCACGUCAUUUUCAUCACUCUGGAUGCCAGCAGUUCAACUCACUUAACAGCGGCUCUUCCUAAUCAGGUGUUCAAGACUGUGUCUUUGGCAGAUGCCACUAUGCAAAGUGCAAAGCAGUAUGUCAUGAGUCAGUUGAAGGAUAUGGAAAUGCAGUCGCUGAUUGAACACUGCUUAGCUCCUAUUGGUGGAAGAAUGCUUGAUCUUCAGGCGUUCGUAAGACGUGUGAGAUCCGGAGAACAGGCUGAUGAUGCUUUGCGCCAGAUGGUCACUCAAGCGGCCGAGCAAAUCACCACUUUCUUUUUGAAUGUGUCUAAGGCAGAUACCGAAAAUAAUUGGAGCACGGAUCAGAUCUGGGCGCUCAUGAGACUUCUUGCUAACAAAGACCUGGUCACUUUCGAUGAGUUGACUCAGUCUCCUCUAUUCGGUGACAGCGCUGACACAGUAAGCACAUUGUUGGUGUUGGAAAAGAACGACUUGAUUUUGCUUCUGAGAGACAAGGGUAUCGUAAGCAGCAUCAAGACCGGCAGACCCUUGUAUAAGGCAGCUUUCAAGAAUUUGGUUGAGGAUAAGGCAGUUUUCAAGCUCUACGAAACUCGUCUCAUCAAGAGUUUGAUCAAGCUAGAGAAUGCAAAGAUCUCUCAACUUGAGGAUGAGAUCAGCAAGAUUGGCGAGGCUGUCGCUUCCGAUUGGCUCAAAGACAGACUUACUUUUAUCGAGCAGAAGAUCAACGCUAGCACGCAAAGUAUUCGCCUGUACGAGAGUCAAAUCAAAGAUGUGCUGAAUGUUGGGGUCGAGCGAAAAAAGCGUCUCUUUGGGUUCUAA